GGGGGGGUGUUGGAGAAUGUCACCCCCACCCCUACCAGCUUCCCGUCAGGGCAGGCAGGAAGGCCCGACACGGAGAGGCAGGGGUUAAAAACCUGAAUGGAAGAGGUGCUGAGGUGCGAGGAGCCUCCAUGUUCAGAGGCAGUCUACCUCUAAGCAUUGUGGGGUGGGGGGGGGCGGUCACCUUUGUCCCUUGCUUUGGAGUCCCUCCUCCCCCGGGGCAUUUGGCGUGCCAACUGUUGUUAAGCAGCCGGGGGGGGGGUUGCGUGUUGCCUGAUAUAAAUAAUUAGAAAUAGUUAGAGGUAAUCUUCCUCUGAAGUACUUAGAUAUAGGAGUCAAACGAGAAGCGUGAGGGUGGCGGUGCUGCCUUCCUGGAAUGAUCAGGCUGGUUGGAACAAAACGCUGGAACAACAUACAGUAUUUAAUGAAAUACAUGGACAUGUGAUGUUUCUCCUCUGAAAACAUGGAGUGGGUUCUCCUGAAUGCCAUCUGCUGAGAGUUGCAUCUGUUAAUUUAGGGAGAGCUGAUGCUGAGACCGAGUUUCAGGAAGGGACCAUGGAUCUGCCCAGUGGGAGAAGUUUCAUGCAAGUUCUCUGUGAGAAAUACAGCCCCGAAAAUUUCCCGUACCGUCGUGGUCCUGGAAUGGGCGUUCAUGUCCCAGCUACACCUCAGGGCUCACCUAUGAAAGAUCGUCUCAACCUCCCAAGUGUGCUGGUGUUGAACAGCUGUGGAAUAACCUGUGCAGGGGAUGAGAAUGAGAUCGCUGCCUUCUGUGCUCAUGUGUCCGAACUGGAUCUGUCUGACAAUAAACUAGAAGACUGGCAUGAGGUCAGUAAAAUUGUGUCAAAUGUCCCCCACCUGGAGUUUCUGAACCUGAGCUCCAACCCUCUGAAUCUGUCGGUCUUAGAGAGGACGUGUGCUGGGUCUUUUGCCGGCAUUCGGAAACUUGUGCUCAACAACAGCAAAGCAUCCUGGGAAACGGUCCAUACAAUACUGCAAGAAUUGCCAGACUUGGAGGAACUCUUCCUGUGCCUUAACGACUAUAAAACAGUGUCUUGUUCUCCAGUUUGUUGCCACUCUCUCAAGCUGCUCCACAUAACUGACAAUAAUCUCAAAGACUGGACUGAAAUCCGAAAGUUGGGGAUAAUGUUUCCAUCACUGGACACGCUGGUUCUGGCCAAUAACUACCUGACAGCCAUUGAAGACUCAGAAGAUUCUCUGGCAAGGCUGUUUCCACACUUGCGAUCCAUCAGUCUGCACAAGUCAGGUCUGCAAUGCUGGGGAGACAUCGACAAACUCAAUUCUUUCCCCAAGCUCGAGGAAGUGAGGUUACUGGGCAUUCCUCUCCUUCAGCCAUACACCAACGAGGAGCGCAGGAAGCUGGUAAUAGCCAGGUUACCAUCUAUCAAUAAGCUGAAUGGGAGUGUCAUUUUGGAAGGAGAGCGAGAGGACUCUGAGAGGUUUUUUAUUCGUUACUACAUGGACUUUCCACAAGAGGAAGCCCCUUUCAGGUAUCACGAGCUAGUGACGAAAUACGGUAAGUUGGAAAAGCUGGCGGUGGUGGACUUGCGGCCCCAGAGCAGCGCCAAAGUCGAGGUUCACUUCAGAGACCAGGUGGAGGAGAUGACCAUACGCCUGGACCAGACGGUAGCAGAACUAAAGAAACAAUUGAAAGCGUUGGUCCAGCUCCCGACCAGCAACAUGCAUGUCACUUACUUUGACCACGAAGCUCCUUUCGGCCCCGAAGAGAUGAAGUACAACUCGCGGGCUCUGCACUCUUACGGCAUUCGGGAUGGAGAUAAAAUCUAUGUGGACUCCAAAGCCAAAUAGCCCGCCCCCAUCUCCAGGGGGUUCACGGCCACCUCAUGUACGCAAAUUGAGGACUUUCUGGAAGUGGGGGGAUUCGUUUUGGUUUGUCGUUUGAGGUUUGGUUUUCUAUACGUACCAGGUAGCUUCUCCAGCAGGCCCAGAUCCGUGAGAGGUGCGCUGCGACCCAGUGCAGAUUGCGGUGGCGGCGAAUUGUUAAGAGGAGGUGACUGACUUCAA